UUAGAUAAUUUUGGCCGAUUCAGAUUUUAUACAACAAGCAUAACGUUCUCAAAUCAAACGUUGUUGUUGUGGAUUAUCCUCCAAUGCCUGACGAAGUCAGACAAGAUCCAUCAGAGCCUAAGAAAAUCGAAGACUAGAAGGGGGGAUAAGUAUAUGUCAUCUCUGGAAAGUCCCAAAGAGUCCAGGAUGUGUUCGGGAGAAGCCUGAUCAGUCUGACAUUUGGAACAGACCUCGAAGAUUCUCCUGCCUUCGAAAAACGAGAGACUUUUUGUGUGACAGCUUGCUAAUCUGGAAAUUGCGGUUUUAGAAGCUCUGCCACUAUUGAGGGUGAAUGAAGAACCUAUCUUUUUGCCCGUAUACCAGUGAUGGCAGGGAGGAAUCUUCCACCCCAUGGGAACGUCAUGGGAAAGUUGUAUGGCAGGUACAAGAAACAAAGCGACGCAAGAGAACAUCUGAAUUAUUUAUUGGUCAAAGAUAUUACGUAUGCUGUGGUAGACGAUAUGGAAAAAUGUCACAAAAGAUGUUUAAAAUUUUCACCAUUGCUAGCGAUUUUUGCUUUACACCGUCGGGACAUGGAUUGGUAGUCUUGCUCAAAUAGAUCUGGAUUUUGUUGGAUGUAGGAUCAGCAGCUCAGACGAUUCUAUCAAUUAGAUCCAUUUCAGAAUCCACAGGUGCUGCGUACACUACACAUUUUAAUGCACCCCAAAGAUUGAAAUGUAUGCUACUUAAAUUAGGAGAGCAUGGUGCCCUAGGGACACAGGCCCACCACGGUCAAUUCACUUGAGAGCAACAUCCCCUAACUGAGAACGAAGACGCUUCCAACCUAUGGUUAUUAUUCAAAUCUGAAUACUUGUGAUUUUCUUUAGCACUCAUAAAGUUUGUCCCAAUUAUUCAGGAACACCUUACAUAAUUUGCGCUAAAUAAAUCAUAGGAAACAAAGCUCUAAUUUAAUUCUUAUUUAUGUAAAUAAAAGAUUAAAAAAGGGUGUACCUUUUUAUUGUUUUUUUUAGUUUCUUUUUGUACAUUAUAUAUUUUUUUUUGAUAAUUACUGUCGACUCGAAUUUAACGAGCAUUUUGGCACAACCCUAACAUUCUCGUUAGAAGCGAACUUAACACCCACGCACAGAACUGUGAGUGCAUAUAUUUAUACACGCAUAACUAACAGUCUAAAAUGUUUUUUUAUUUCAGUGUAUUUCAGGUUGCUUUAUUAUUCAAUUCGGAAGCAUGAAUUUAGUUCAUCGUAUUAUUGCCGGAAGAAAAAAGGCAUUGCCACCCAUUGAUGAUGAAAUACUUUUCAUGUCUGCAACGGAACUAGCUGAGAGAAUUCGCAAUCGUAAACUAAAAUGUGAAGAUGUUAUUCGAUCUUAUUAUAAAAGAGCUCAAGAAGUGCAACCUUUGAUUAAUGCUAUAACUGAUGCUAGAUACGAAGGGGCACUAAAAGAAGCAAUACAAAUCGAUCAAUUUUUAGAAAAAGUGGCGAAAACUCCAGAAGAAAUAAAAAAAGAUACGCCUCUUCUGGGAGUUCCUUUUUCUUGCAAGGAAGUAUUGGGGAUAGAAGGUUUACGACAAACUUGUGGGAUUUAUGAAGAAAGAAAUAACAUUGCUGAUAGUGAUGGUGAUGCCCCUGCCCUUUAUAGAGCUGCUGGAGCAAUUCCCGUAACCGUUACGAAUGUUCCGGAAUUGUGCUAUUGGAUCCAUCCAGUAAAUAAAAUAUAUGGGCAGACCAAAAAUCCAUAUGAUACCACUAGGAUACCUGGUGGUAGUUCAGGUGGUGAAGCAGCGCUCAUUGCCUCUGCCGGGGCAGUUAUUGGUAUCGGAACUGAUAUGGCAGGGAGCAUUCGCAUUCCAUCAUCUUUAUGCGGAAUAUAUGGACAUAAGCCAUCUUCUGGUGAGGCAGUUAUUCUGUAUCAUGUUGCCAUAUCUCUUUCAAAUUUCACGCUAGAGAAAGUGAUGCACUUCCAGAAUCUUACACUUAAAAGGGCGAGUUUUCUGCUGAAUGAUCCUAACAUAUCUAAAGCUAUAGAGCAAUUAGCGAACUAUCUUCGUGUUGUGUCAAAUCGAGGCUAUUUUCCUUGGAUUGAGCCUGAAGAAAUGUCAUUUGAUCACAUAAACUGCACCGGUCCUAUGUGUCGAUAUGCUGAAGACUUACUUCUUCUAAUGAAAGUAUUGAGCCGAAAUGAUCCCAGGUUGGAUCUUGAUAAACAGGUGGAUUUCAAGAAUGUUAAAAUAUACUACAUGGAAGAAACACCUAAUAACCCUGUCUUACCUGCUAUCAAGCAAGCAUUUAAAAAAGCAGUAACACAUUUUGAAGAGCGAUUUGAAGUGAAAGCAAUCAAAUUGCAGCUGCCAGAGUUUGAAUACAGCUUCGAUCUGUUUAAAUAUAAAGUUUUGGAUGUUGAUUUCUUGAGCAAAAGGUUAUUGGCUGAUAAAAACGGAAAAGUCCACUUGUGGUUGGAAAUAUUGAAAUUCAUGGUCGGAAUAUCAGAGCACUGUUUUCCUUUUCUUCUCACCGCAAUAUUAGAAAAAAAUGAAAAAGAUCAAAUUUACUAUGAAACUAUGAAAAUAGCGGAUUCACUGGAAAAGAAACUUCAAAAGAUAUUUCAGGAAGAAGCUAUUUUUUUGCUUCCCGCAGCGCCAGACACAGCACCAUUUUGUCACUCAUCCAUAACAAAAUUGCGUAAUAUGAUGUAUUUUCCGAUUUUCAAUCAUUUUGGUGUACCCAUUACAAGUGUACCUGUGAGUCUGCAUAACGGUCUGCCAAUAGGUAUACAAGUAGUUAGUGGACAAUUGAAUGAUCGCCUAACAAUCGCCGCUGCUGUGGAACUAAAUACCGUUUUCAGAGGGUGGAAAAAUCCGUGUUCCACAACUGCAAGAAAAGUGUGGUCUGCAUAAAACUGUUUUUGAAAAUGCUCUUUUAUUGUACCUUUUGAUAAAUCUUCAUUUUAAAUUUAAAUAUUCAUUUUUCAGUCAUUUUUUACAUCUGCAGAAGACCACAAUGUAUGAGAAAACUUUUAUCUAAAG